GGCUAUAAAGCGAUCCAGUUUCGUCGAAAUUCUCAGUUUGUCGUAGUAUACGUAUAUCGCAGACUGCGGACGAACCAAUCCGACCGAUCUGCGACUCCCAGUUAAGUGCUGCAGCAUGAAGACGGGACCGAUAUUGCAAUUGGUGCUGCCCGUGAUGCUACUGGUCGGAUCUACAGAAGAAUUUUUUUUGAAUAGUGACCCUAAGAAGGCAUUAACGGAAUUCUUUCAAUCUCUGAAGGCGAAAAAAGUGCAGCCUAAGACGAGCCACAUCUAUCACAUACAUUAUUACCCGAUGCCUUUUCCUCGAUUAGCCUGGAAAGCACCGGAUAAAUAUUAUCUCGACGAACUCUACGACGAUACUCUCACGUCGCUCGGCUGGUCGGAUUUCCACUACAAGCACGUGCCUGAUCCCUCGUUAAUCGUAUCGUCCGGUUCCCAGCAGCUGUGGGACGACCCUUGGAACGAGGAGAUUAUAGGCACCGAUGACGUAUUUGACUCGAUCGAUCGUAACUCCAAGGGAAUACUGGUGCAGGUUCCCGUCAAUCGACCGGUCGUCUUUCAUCUGCUGAAGAAACCGCGACAGAGGAUGCGAAUGGAUGCGCCGACGACCUAGAGCUUGUCGCGCGAAUCCGUCCUCGCUCUCGAAAAUAACGAAUGUGAUUAAAAUUAGUAUCAAACGCUAGAUCUUCAUUUAUUUAGCUUUUAGAAUUUAAUUAGUUGAAGUUUAGCUUCUAAGCGUAGGAGUAAGUUUUUACGAUGGCUUGUUAUUUAUUACGCGCAUAACAGACAUCGCGAGGCGUUCCGCGUCUCGACUUCCGCACCUCCGCAUUAGAUUUAGAUUUUAUCUUCAAAGCCAAAACAAAUAUUAAUUGUUACGCGUUUAGAAUUCAUCACGAUUCAUCCGUCAUUAACAGCUGCGGAAGCUGUUUGCACUUUUUAGCCGCAUCGGCGUGAAAUUUCGGCGCGCAUGGACGACGCCGCCGAGUCAUCCUCAGCAAUGAUCUCGGCACUACCUCGCGCAGUUCCGGUACGAUCGAGGUGAUCUUCAGUUUCCUUCGUUCGAUGCGAGCCUUCUGCUGUUCCUCGUAAUCCUUCUGCAGCCUGAACGCGAGCCGCGUCAUGUAUCUCCGAUCCGUCAAUCGUACCACGUUACUUCCCAUCAGCAAUGUUAAUCGCGAUCUCACGGGUGUAUAGCUGGGUCUGCGUCGAUAAGUCACCUCGAUUAAUUAAGAGGUUACUCUCAGGAAAAUCGUCGACGAAGAUUUCAACCCACGCGUAUUUCACGCAGUCCAAUUCCCACCACGCCGGAGGCGCGUCCUGAAGAUCUACAAUCGACGAGAACAUAUUCCUGCUUGCUACAAUCUGUGUUUGAAAUGAACUUUCUAACGUCAAAUUUUUCGUAGCUCGAUGAUAACGCCAA